GAAUACUGACAAGUUUCUUUACCUCGUGUAUCUUUAUGAUUUGUAAAAACUUGGUCUCUUUAAGAUUAUCUUAUUUGACGAGGAAAAGUAAAAACAAAAAUAUUAAGAUCUAGACAAGUGAUGAUGCUUUUAAAAAGUGGGGUUUUUUUUUUAAUAGAGUAGACUUGCGUGUAACAAUUGCUGACCAAAUCAAGGGGGCGGAGAUCAAUUAAUAGAGCCGUCAUCUCUAGAGAGGUGAUAUUGAUCAAGCAAAGAAAUAUCCCACCGUCAAUAUUCGUAUAAUAUCAUCCAGAUUGCAGCGCAUUGCUCGGCACCCUAGCAAAACUAGAGGGAUGUUAAUACCAGGACUUAUGUACAGCUCUAUAUAAUGAAUACAACGUGACCUGUAGAUGACUUCUGCUAAGCAGAUUGGUCAGAAAAAGAAUGGAGGUCGAGACUCUAGAGGACUGGAACUCGCAGCUAUCGCAACAGUACGUCAUCAGUACGUGCAUUCAAUCCUUCUAUUUGGUCAUCGGAGUCGUCGGAAAUAUCUUGGUCAUUGUAUUAUACAGAACCAAGAUGGAAUCAAAAAAUGAUGACAGAUAUUUCAUUCCAGCAAUAGCUAUAAUUGAUCUAAUUGGAUGUAUGUUCUCCAUCACACUCUCUCUUCUGAACAAUGAGCGACCGGUGAUGUUUCCGGGAUCUUUUACUUGCAAACUUAUACAAUUCGGAACGUGCUCCUCCAUCAUUUCAUCUUUGUUUAUGUUACUAGUAAUCUCCAUUCAACGAUUUCAAAAAAUAUGUCGUCCGUUUGGAUUUCAAAUGAAUUUGAAUCACAAAAGAUUUGCCACAGCUGUUGCCGUACUUUUAGCGUGCAGUUUUUCAAUACCGAUGCUUCUUCUAUAUCAAAGAAUUGAAGUAAAGCACGAAACUAAAAACAUCACCGGAUAUAUCUGCGGAUCCGCCCCAGGAACAGAAAAACUAGGUGAUAGCACGAGAGCCAUUUUGAUAACCGUGGAAGUGGGAGCCGUUUUCAGCAUGACUAUCUUUUAUGCACUCGUAGGUCGAAAGUUAAUUGAACAGUUUAAAAUGUCACGAAAGUUACAUGAUAUCAAUUCAGUGUCUGGCACCAGUAACAGCGGGAGUAACGAACGCUCAACGAUAAGGACGGUCGUAACUAUAGACGCAGAAGUAACCGACCAAUCCAGCAAAACCGACACUGACAAAAAGACAUUCUUACGAAUGGAUUCUCGAAAAGAAUCAUGUUCAAAUAAUUCAAAGAAUAAUUCUACAAAAGUUAAGGACAGAAAAAAAUCAACAAAUUCCGCUCGUCGCUAUUCAGUCAUGUUUAUGGUCAUUUCCUUAAUUGCUAUUUUAUGCUACAUACCACCGUGGACGUUUGUUAUUCUAGAAGCUAAAGAUUCUAAUUUCUGGAGAAGCUUAACAUACGAAGAAGUUCAAAUUUUCUUAACCAUACGUCGCCUGUACAUUGUAAAUCACAUUGCCAACCCCUUUAUUUACGGAUUCUUUGAUCAAAAGUUUCGAGGUGAGGUAAAAUCUUUGCUUUGUAGUUGUAAAUAUCGAUAGCAGUGAAAUUGUACAUUUUGGUCGUCUGCUAAAACCCACAACAACGCACACUGUGUUAUUCGCUUAUUGCUUUUAAAAAUCCACUUUUGAUAUAUCAGAAAAAAAAUAUUUUUGUAAAUAAUUAAUUGUAUAUGUACAGUCUAUUGUCAUACGUUUAGUGUCACUAACCAGGUAAUAUACAUGUACCUGUAUGGCUAACUUUCACAAUUUUUCACAUGAAUUUGACAUUGUAUGUUUUCCUUUCGUAUUAUCUCUUCAAUUAUGAAUGUAUGUUGUGAAUCGGUGGAUUUUGCCAAUAAAUUUUAGAUUUCAUUGUAUUGGAUGCAUGCUCUACAGGGUAAUUGAUUACAUUGAGAGCAUACGCCGAAUACUUUUCAUGUCAUUAUCCACUUCUGUAAUCUAUCGUCUAGUAGAUAACACUUUAUCUUAAUCCUUGUUUACACGUUCAAGAAUAAAUGUUUUCUUUUGCUCAUCACUUGGGCC